ACCACGCACUCCUGGCCCCGCCUUUCUCCGAGCCCCGGGCCCCGCCCCCUCACGUCCUCCGGGCUCUUCGCCUGGGCCUCGCAGAUCGGACGCGGUCUCGAUCUGGUCUCGGGCUCGUGCUCCAGGUUCUUCCCCUGCACUGCUGAAGCCCCGAAGGCGGCCGCGCUCCCCACCCGGGACCGGGCAGUACUGCUGAGCCCUAUAAGCGCAAGUGGUGCGGGGGCGUGCUGAGCGGGGGAGGCGUGGCCCGAGCCGCCGGGGACCCGGGCAAGGGCUGCUCUGCCGCCUCCCGGCUGACGGGCGACUCAGGAGUGGGGCUGGAAGCUGGAUUCUGGGUCCUGGAAGGAAGAGGAAACUCAGGCUUGGGCUCUAAAGGAGAAGAGGUCUGGGUUCUGAAAGAUCAUGUCACCCGAAGAAUGGACCUAUCUAGUGGUUCUUCUUAUCUCCAUCCCCAUAGGCUUCCUGUUUAAGAAAGCUGGACCUGGGCUGAAGAGAUGGGGUGCAGCAGCUGUGGGCCUGGGGCUCACUUUGUUUACCUGUGGCCCCCACACUUUACAUUCUCUGAUUACCAUCUUGGGGACAUGGGCCCUCAUUCAAGCCCAGCCCUGCUCCUGUCAUGCCCUGGCGCUCGCCUGGACCUUCUCUUAUCUCCUUUUCUUCCGAGCCCUCAGCCUGCUGGGCCUGCCUACUCCCACGCCCUUCACCAAUGCUGUCCAGCUGCUGCUGACGCUGAAGCUGGUGAGUCUGGCCAGUGAGGUCCAGGACUUGCACCUGGCCCAGAGGAAGGAAAUGGCUUCGGGCUUCAGCAAGGAACCUACCGUGGGGCUGCUGCCCGAAGUUCCCUCCUUGAUGGAGACUCUCAGCUACAGCUACUGCUAUGUGGGAAUCAUGACGGGCCCAUUCUUCCGCUACCGCACCUACCUGGACUGGCUGGAGCAGCCCUUCCCCGGGGCCGUGCCCAGCCUGCGGCCCCUGUUGCGCCGCGCCUGGCCGGCCCCGCUCUUUGGCCUGCUCUUCCUGCUGUCCUCCCACCUCUUCCCGCUGGAAGCCGUGCGCGAGGAUGCCUUCUACGCCCGCCCGCUGCCCGCCCGCCUCUUCUACAUGAUCCCAGUCUUCUUCGCCUUCCGCAUGCGCUUCUACGUGGCCUGGAUUGCCGCCGAGUGCGGCUGCAUUGCCGCGGGCUUCGGGGCCUACCCCGUGGCCGCCAAAGCCCGGGCCGGGGGCGGCCCCACCCUCCAAUGCCCACCCCCCAGCAGUCUGGAGAAGGCGGCUUCCCUGGAGUACGACUAUGAGACCAUUCGCAACAUCGACUGCUAUGGCACAGACUUCUGCGUGCGGGUGCGGGACGGCAUGCGGUACUGGAACAUGACGGUGCAGUGGUGGCUGGCACAGUACGUCUACAAGAGUGCGCCUGCCCGCUCCUACGUUCUCAGGAGCGCCUGGACCAUGCUGCUGAGCGCCUACUGGCACGGCCUGCACCCUGGCUACUACCUGAGCUUUCUGACCAUCCCGCUGUGUCUGGCUGCUGAAGGCUGUUUGGAGUCAGCUGUCCGGGGACGGCUAAGCCCCAGGGGUCAGCAGGUGUGGGACUGGGCACACUGGUUCUUGAAGAUGCGAGCCUACGACUACAUGUGCAUGGGGUUCGUGCUGCUCUCCAUGGCUGACACACUCCGGUACUGGUCCUCCAUCUACUUCUGUAUCCACUUCCUGGCCCUGGCCGGCCUGGGGGUGGGGCUGGCAUUGGGUGGGGGCAGCCCCAGCCGAAGGAAGAAGGCGUCCCCAGCCACCACCCAGGCCCCAGAAAAGCUCCGGGAAGAGUAAACUGCACGGCACUCCCCUGCCAGCCGGCGCUGUCAUCCCCUCAGCCGGCACACUUCGCUUGGGAAUUCUGUGACUGCAGAUCUGCGUCCUCCUUCAGCAAGUGGCCCUCAGUCGCCUAACAGUCUGGAGAGGUUCCCUCUUCCCAGCUAACUUCCCUGCCUCUGAAAGAAAGCGGGGGGCACCCUCUUUCCAAUCCCCCCCCCCCCAGAUUGAUCCUUGGUCUGUCCUGAACCUCUCUCCUCUGACAUCAGGGUAUUGUCCACACCUGUCUCUGGUGGGGAUAGGAGCUUCAAGGCCAGAUUCUGAGAAGGGAGAACCUUUUCUUAUGUCUUCUGUUUUUAUCUCCUCUAGCCAGUAUUGCAGGUAUAGAAGGCAACAUGACCUUUCACAUCCUAAAGGGGAAACUGAGGUGCAAGUGAGCAGCCCAGGGGAAUAUGCUUGUACAGCAUCCAUCUGAGCCACAUUUCUGGGCGCCUGUGUACCUGCUACCCUCUUGUCAUCAUGGCCUAUGACAGGUCAAAAUGUAGAACUCUUUCCCAAUAAAGUGUUGCACAGGAA